CUCAGUUAUACUGUGACUGUGGUGGUGUAAGGACGCCCGCUCGCUUCUCUGGUCUGCCAUCUACAACAGGUUGAUGUGUGUGGAUUGUCAUUUCUCUUUCGUACAUCCGUCCUGUGAUGAGGAAUGCUGUAACCCAGGUGCUAGCUGAUCCUAGAAGGAGGGAAGGAAACGGCGCUGCUUCUCAUCAGCAAUUCUAGCGUUUUGGAGAGAGAUUUCCUCUGCAUCCCUCACAGUGAAGGGAAACGAGGAAUUAUUUGUGACUGACGUCGCCGAAGGGAAGUGUAAUGGGCCGAACAGCUGAGGACGACCACUGAUUAGAUACGUGCAAGUAGCAUCCAUUAAAAGAGGUAGGUGUCGUUUGUACCCGGCGAGUUGUCCUCGGCUCGUGAUAAGGGUAUAAUCAUCAUAAUCGUGUCAGUUCACAAGCCAUUAGACGCGAAGAGAUAAACAACUGACUUGUUCGACAUAUCCCCCCUGCACCGAGAGAAGCGACGGGAACAGCGGCAGACAUGCGUUGGAUCAGCGGAUGGGCUUGGCGUAUAGGAGGGGCCGUGGGAGUGAUGUGGCUGGUCGGUGUGGCGCUGUUGGCUCCGCCCUCGCCUUCUACCUCCAGUGAUCCAAGGCUCUCUCAACGACUCCAGCGAGCCGUUCAGGAACUGGAUUUUCUCAAGAAGCAGAAUGAUGACAUCAGACAAGUCCUCCAAGAUUUCACGAAGCAAGUCAGCUACAUAAACAAUGAUGGAGGAGGAGGAAGCUCGCAGUUAUCAGCUGGCAAUCCAGCUGUGGUAGCUGAAUUGCAGAAGAAACUGGAACAUGCUCAGAGGAUGCUGCAACAAGCAGAUGCUACUGGAGACCAAAAAUCAGGUGCAUCAGAGUUUACGCCAUCACUCGACUUCGAGAAGACAAGAAGACAUGUAGAGAAAGGUGUCCAAGAGACUUGGUGGUAUAUAUCAGAUCAGCUGAAACAGCUUCGUAAGAAAGUAGAGGCCUACGGAGACUAUACAGCACACAUUGAUCGCAUCUUAAGGGAAGGGGCAGAUCACACUAGAGUAACUCAACUAGAUCUGAAACGUCUAAGCAAUCUAGAUGGCCUGGGAUCGUGGAGAGAACAAGAAGCUUCUGACCUGAGCAAUCUUGUUCAAAAAAGAUUGCAUGCUUUGCAACACCCACCUGACUGCCCAAAAGCUAAGAAACUUGUAUGCAAUCUCAACAAAGGAUGUGGUUAUGGCUGCCAGAUUCAUCAUGUUGUGUACUGUUUCAUUGUGGCAUAUGGAACAAAGCGAACUUUAAUUUUGAAAUCAAGAGGUUGGCGCUACAACAAUGCUGGGUGGGAGGAUGUUUUUCAUCCCCUAAGUGAAACUUGCACAGAUCCAUCUGGAUAUAGUCAUUCUCAUUGGCCUGGUUCUAAUGAAACUCAAGUUGUAGACCUGCCUAUCAUUGAUACUUUGUCCCAGCGGCCGCCAUAUCUCCCCUUGGCCAUUCCUCAAGACAUUUCUGAACGUCUAAUUAGGCUACAUGGUGAUCCAGCUGCCUGGUGGGUUGGGCAGUUUCUUAAAUACUUGUUGAAACUGCAGCCAAAAACUCAAGAGAUGCUUGACACAAUGUCAGACACACUAGGAUUCCAGAAACCAAUUGUAGGUGUACACGUUAGAAGAACAGACAAAGUUGGUACAGAGGCUGCUUACCACUCCAUUGAUGAAUACAUGGGUCAUGUUGAAGAAUAUUACACAGCUUUGAAACUACAACAGCCAGAUGUCGUCAAGAGAGUUUAUUUAGCAUCAGAUGAUCCUAGUGUCAUCACUGAAGCCCAGAAGAAGUUCCCUGACUAUACCUUCAUUGGUGACCCAAACAUUGCAAAGACAGCAGCAGUUGCAACCCGGUAUACUGAUGCUUCUUUGAAAGGAAUAAUUGCAGACAUACAUUUUCUCUCUUUAACUGACUAUUUAGUGUGCACCUUUUCAUCACAGGUGUGCCGUAUAGCAUAUGAAAUUAUGCAAAGCUUACAUCCAGAUGCGUCACAUUAUUACCGUUCUUUAGACGACGUUUAUUACUAUGGUGGACAGAAUGCUCAUAACCAAAGAGCAAGGUUUUCACAUACUCCAGGAAGGUCAGAUGAGAUGAUCUUGAGGGCAGGUGAUGUUGUAGGAAUAGCAGGAAACCAUUGGGAUGGUUAUUCUAAAGGAGUUAACCGCCGCACCCGACAAAAUGCAUUGUAUCCAUCCUAUAAAAUGGAAGAAAUUGUGGAUAUAGCCAGAUUUCCUUUGUAUGCAGAAGAGGAUAAAAGAAGUGGGACGUAAAUAGUUAGCAAAAUAGCGGUUUUUUUUAUAUUUUUUGAGAGUUUUUAUGUGAUAUUUGGUAAUUUUAAGGAUUAACUCAUUAGUUUCUUGAUACAUGGACAUUAUUUGAAUUCAUAAACCAAAGAAUUAGUUUUGGUUUUAUACGAAGUUGACACGACAUAGAAGAAUAUGCCAUAGCUAAUUCCAUUGGUGCAUUAGUUUCAUUAUCAUUUUAGCAACUCAUUGUCACUAACUAUUACAAAACUAUUCAUGGUUUUACAUCAUAAUAAUCAUUUCAUUACACUACAUCAUGUCAUGAUUCAUAACCUCAUCAUUUUUGAAUGAAAUGGUACUUUUGUACCACUUUAGACGUUAGAUAUCAUUGAUGUACAGCGGCCAUAGAUUCUGGGGGCUGAAGACAAUUCAUUACAGUAUGGACACUUACAAAUGUACAGAUUCAUCCGGUGUGCAAAUAAAGUCACGAUUACCCACUUGCUUAACUCCAUGACCAAAGACAUUAUUCUUUAAGUGUAAGACCAGGUGGUCAGCGUUUUUCCAGUUGAUAAUACAUUUUGGCUCUAAAAGCCAAAUGUCAGAGUAGCUUUUUUAUGUUCUACAACUGAUGCUGUAUUAUGAAUAGUCAUGGCUGUGAAGCAUUUUUUAUACAGGAGUCAAAAUUAGAAAUGAUAUAUUGUGCCUUUGGUAAAAAGAGUAAUAAUAUUAAUCUGGGUAGCUUUAAUAUCUCAGCUCAUGUUUACACUCUUAUACGUAACUGUACAGUUUAUAAACUUAGUUUCCUCAGAUGGUGAAAUCAAUUUUACUGUACUUCAAGGCUCUUAAUUUAUAGAAUAACUGCUGGCUGAAAGUCUAUAGUACAAGCAAAGUUACUCAGACAUCCACUGAUCUUUGGCUGGGCUGCUUUGAAUUUGCAAAUUAGUCAAUAGUAAAAGGAAAGCACAGAAUAUUUAUAUUUUUUGCAUAAAGUUUUUAGAAAAAAAAAGGAGUCAUGGUAUACUGUUAAUCUAUGCCUCAUUACUUUUGUGGUGGUAAGGCUGUGUUAGGAUGCAUCAUCAUGAUUUUAGAAUGAAUUUAAUGUUUUGAGGAUUAGGCCUAAAGAUGCAAUGUGUGUAUUAUCAUAAAUAAGUCCUGGGGCAUGAGUCGUAUGAUUUGGGGUUCAUUUUAUUGGUAAGUCUUACCAUUCUGCAGUGAGCUUUGGGCCUGUUAUGAAGCUACAUUCCAUCAAUUCAGAUGUUACCAUAAUUUUAUUCAUUGCCUUACCUUCCUCCUCUAUUCCCCUUCCAAGUAAUUCAUUGUUAUUGUACGUACAUGAUCAUAAAUAUAUUUAUACUAAGCUCUCAGGACAUACACAUAUUCAAGACAAGGUCUUUGCAUAUUUUUAUAUUAUUCUUUUUCUCCUGUCUGUCAUUUUAGUCACCUCUUAGUCUGGGACACUUCAUUUUCAUUUUCAGUAACUGCUUAUUUCAAUCAAUCUGCUUUUGAAAUGUUUACACUUCUAACCACCUUCCUAUUAUUAAAAUUUAUAUUUGUAUAUUUGUCUUCCUUAAUGGCUACUCAAGUUAUCAAAGCCUUUUACAUAUUUGUUUACUUGUCUGACAUUUACAGUAUUAGUUGUACUUUGAAUAUUCAGAAAAACAUUCUUACUUCCAUGAUCUCUUCAUUGCUGAAUAUCACCUAACAAAUGCAUUAAACUACACAGUAGACAUCAGUGAAAUCCCUAAUUAUGUUGUGAUUCACUUUUGUGUAAAUUAUCCUGCAACUGCUUAUGUUUAGGUGACUUGCAUUACUUCAAAAAUAUAUUUUGUACAGUAGUGAAAACUACUCAAUAUGUUAUGGAAAAGAUAAGGUAGGGGCUAAUAUGUCAGUUCUAAUUGUGAUGCUUGUGUUUUGAGUACUGUAUGUGCAUAUCAGUACUGUACUGUACUUUUAAUAGGUGCUUUAAAACCAGUUCCAUAACUUACAUGUUCUAUCAGAAAUACUUUGGUGGUAAUUUCAUGUUAACUGCAUAAUUAGCUAUAAGUACAUUUAUAUUGUUAAUUGGUGUAGAUCACUGUAAAUGUGCACAUCACACAUUUAUGCAAAUAACACGUAAAUCAUUUAUUUAUGUUGCUCUUGCCUUUGCAGCCAUUAUUGUUGUAGGACUUUUUAUUUUACUGUGAAGCCACUUUUUGCAUCUCAUUUAGACUGCUCAGGGUAGAUUUAAUAAGAAGAAAACAAGUACUGUACUGUUUACACAAGUAACAUGUUUGUGUAACUUGCAAAGUUUGAAAGGGAAGUAUUUAUGACCUGUGUAAAUAUAUUUUAGUUGUGGUAUUGUCAAUUUGUAUAUUUGUUAAUAACAGUUUUAAAAUGUAAUGGCCAGACAGCCAGUU